AUGGAACCACUACCCCUGCCCUCAAGCCUCGCUGAGGUCGAAGAAUUGAUUCGGGCACUUUACCAACCAAAUCCCCCCGAAACCAUCUCCAAAAUCCAGGAGGUACUGCAUCGUCUCCAGAGGUCACCCGAGGGAUGGCAAUUGGCUCAGAGUUUAGUUGCCCACCGUGAGGACAACAUUAGAUUCUACGCCGCUUUAACCCUUAUCAUCAAGCUCAACCGUGAUAGUGAUGGCCUGAGCGACGACGAUGCUAAGGAGCUUCUCGAGAACCUCAUCGGAUGGACUAUCCAAUCGAUUACCGACGGUGCCGGUAAUUUUGUCAUCAAGAAGCUAUGCACGGCACUUAUUACCUACUUUAUGCACUUCUCUCACCUGUGGCCGAGCUGCAUCCGCCACUUCCUGUAUUGCUUGGACUUGGGACGGGGUGCCUCGGUGGAUAGCCUGGAUGAUGCCCUCAGUACGGAGAUCCUCAUUGGCAAACUCAACAGCUACAAGAUAAGGGCGGCGAUAUGGUUUGCUACCUUUUUUGUCGAGGAGGUUGGCAAGACGGAUAUGGGCGCCCCAAAAUUCGUUCAAGUACACAGCCGUCUAGUCAAAAACGGGCCCGAUGUCACUUGCUUACUCGCUCGUGGCUUCUCUCCACUGCAAGACAGCACCGACCUCAAGACUCAGGGAGAGGCCCUUAAUUGCUUCCAGGCUUGGAUUUUGUAUGCUCAGCGGGCAUCUCCCAUCCCGGAUCUAGUCGCACCCCUGAGGCAACUUGUUGGCCAUGCCAUCAACUGCUUCGCCGACCCAGACCUCUUCCAGGCGACUGCUGAGCUGUUCAGUGACGCACUCAGCAAUUACUCGUCCUUUUUCACCGAUGAGCACUGUAACACACUAGCCUCGCUUUUUGAGAGCCCUUGGGCUGCCGAGCACUACCAGCGCGUCCUCCAUGGCAACCACCAAGAAGACGGCAUCUCGUUCGGCCUUGUUGUUCUGGCUUAUGGAGACGCCAAGGUCAACGAUCUAAUGCGAAGUCCUGACGCUCGUUCCCAGCGGUUUCUCGAGAGUUUGAGCGGCUUGCUCGCUGCCGAUGGCUAUCUCGUUGGUGAAGAUACCAUCUUUGUUCCGGCCCUGGAGUUUUGGUCGACCUUCAUUGAGACUAUGAUCGAUGCUACCUACUCUGACGAAGUUGAGUCUCAGGCUUGGAAGCCUUACGCAGAACAACAUCUCAAGACCGUGGUGAUGAACUGUUGGCGCAAGAUCCAGUGGCCUCCCGCCGAGGCAUUUGCUGAGUGGGAUUCGAACGAACGCGUUGCCUUUGGGGAUGCAAGGAAGGAUGUCACCGACAUGCUGCAGUCAGUCUUUACGCUUGAAGGAAUGCGGCUUGUAUCCUUCUUCACCGACCUCUUCCUUCAAGCCCUCGCUGCCCAAUCCUGGUCCGAACUAGAAGCCUCCGCGUUCUGUUUGGGUGCCCUAUCCGACUGUAUCUCGGACGAGUCGAGGUUUGAUCAGGAGUUGGACAAAGUUUUCGCUUCUCACUUCUUUGAGCUUCUGGGCCAAGCUCAAGGGCCCAUACCGCUACGGCUGCGCCAGACCGGGCUGGCGUUAAUUGAGCGAUACUGCGAAUACUUUGAGCGGCAUGCCAAAUUUCUCCCCAAUGCUCUCAACCUGCUCUUUGCUGCCGUCGGCGACUCCGUUCUUGGAGGCCCCUCGGCACGCUCAAUCUCUACCCUCUGCUCGUCCUGUCGCGCCAUCCUCACCGGCGAAGCAGGCGCCUUCAUCAGUCACUACCAAACCAUCCGCAACAGCCAAGUGCUGGAUUCGUUAGCUGAGGAGAGGAUAGUCCUUGCCAUUGCUUCCAUCAUCCAGGCAAUUAAGGACCGAGACCACAAGUUGAACACGUUCGAGGAGCUGUACAAUAUUCUCAAAAAGGACUUCGAACUCGCGGUACAGCUCCAGGCAAACCCAGGCCUUCUAAACCUCCAAAAUCCAGACUUUCUGCGAGGUCUCGACCCGCCUAACCCACAAUCUGCGCCGCCAAUCGAGGAAAUCGCGCUUCAGAUUGCAUUACGUUCAAUGCGUUGUCUCGUAAGCGUCGCAAAGGGUAUGAAGGAUGUUAAGGAGCAACCCGUCGACUUAGACAGCGAACCCCAACCACUCAGCUCCAACAGCCGCCUCGGUAGCUUGCAAGGGAACAUCAUGCAAGUAUUGGUCGAAGUCCAGCGCGUCUUCGGCACCAGCAGUGAAGCCGUCGAGAUCAUCUGUAACAUCUUCCGCGCGGGCUUCUCUGAGACGGAGCCGGGGCCCUUUGUGUUUGCGCCAGAUGCGGUGACGGAAUAUUUCGUACAACAGAGGCUAGAGACGCCACGUGUGGGCACGCUACUUAGCACGGCAUGCUCGUUUGUAGGGAGUCUUUACCGUGGGCCCAAGGCGUAUGUGCCCGCCCAGUUGGCACGUCUCUUACCUUGGGUGGUGUCGAUUUUGCAGGCGUUGCCUCAACCUGAAGCCGACACGGAGAUCUCACUUAACGGUAUCAACUUUGUUGACAAGAUCAUGUCAAAAUACUCUGAUGUGCUCUUCCACCCCCACCACGAGCAGCUAAUCGAGUUCUUUUUCUUGUUCUCUAUCAAAGUCCUUGAUGGCAAUGAGCCGUUGCCCAAGGGCGCCGCAGCCGAGUUCUGGGCCAAUUUCAUCCCUCUCACCAAUUCCUCCUCCCACGCCGCCGCAUCAACCGUCGUCCCCUCGUCCGUCAUGACACACCUCGGCCCCCUCCUUGCGCGUUCCCUGGUCCGCAACAUCGGCGGUCACGCGGCGCGCAGCGAGUUGGACAAACUGUGCGAGCCGCUGAAGCGGCUGGUGAUGUCACGCGUCGAAGCCCAGAGCUGGCUGCAGCAGGCGUUACUAAGUCCAGAAAGCGGCGACGUAGGCGGCGAAAAUGCGGCUAGUGGAUUUCCCGGUGCGGAAAGGGUGAGCCCGGAGGAGAGAGUGGUGUGGUUGAAGAAAAUCAUUGCACUCAGAGGCGGGAGACAAACAAAUCAAGUUGUGAGGGAGUUCUGGAUGGCGUGCCGUGGUGCCAAUUUUGCGUAUGUUUCGUAG